AUGUCUAAUGUAGAUGAGGAAGGCAUUGGAGAAGAAAGGGAGAUGAUAAAUUAUAUCCCCUUCUCGGGAAUUUCAUCUGGACCUAGACUAGAUGAUUGGAUAUUACAGGGAGAGUGGAAUGAACAUAUUGUUAAAAGCGAAAGGUUUAUUGAAUUUAUGCCUAGGCCUAACUUCCAAUUUGAUCGCUCAAUAACUUGGUUUCCAUCGCAUAUGUCUAGGGGGAAAUUGAAAAUGGCCCAGAGAAUUGAUACUAUAAAUUGUAUAAUAGAGGUUAGGGAUUCAAGAGUCCCAUUAAGUUCAUCAAAUCCCGAGAUUUAUAGGCAAUUCCCCCCCAAAAUACCAAGAUUGAUAGUGUUGAACAAGGCAGAUUUGGUGCCCAAAAAUGAUUUAAAACGGACGUUAGAUCUGUUUGAAAAGGCUAAUUUGAAGGUAUUACACACUGAUGCUACUAAAAAUAGACAUGUUGGGAAGAUUGUAGAUUUUUGUAAAAUAAAUUGUAACAUAAAAUUCGCAUCAAUUGGAAUAGCAAUGUUAUUAAUCGGAUUGCCGAAUGUAGGAAAAUCUUCUCUGAUUACAUCGAUGAAACGAUAUGUUCAAAAUAUUGCAAAAUAUGCUGAUAGACGAAAUCGUAUAACCGAAGGAGUUAAAAACACUCUACCUCGUUCUUGUCAUGUUCCUGGGACUAGCAAACAUUUGAAUAUGUUUCAAUUAUCAUCAAAUCCCAAAAUAUUUUGCUUUGAUACCCCUGGAAUUAUGACACCAAAAAGUGACGAUUUGGAAUUAAAUCUGAAAUUAGCAUCGUUAGGAUCUAUUCAGGAAAAUUAUCAAGAUAUAUUAUACAUCUCAGAUUACGUUCUUUAUUGGUUAAAUAAACAUCAGCAUUUUUCAUACGUAGAUCAUUUUCAUUUAUCGUAUCCUACCAACUCAAUUAGACACGUUGCAUCAGCUGCAUCAAAAAUUGCUAAUAUGGUUAAAAGAGAUGAGUUUGUUGGUGAUGAAAUUGCUGGUGCUAAUUUAUUUUUGAAACUAUUUAGAAAUGGUACUCUGGGAAAAUUCACUAUGGACAUUCUACCUGAUCCUAAACAAUUGAUUAAACGCUCGCAAAUUGAGGCUAUUGCUGAAUGUCCUGGGCCUUGGGGACCUAGCGAAUACGACCUUCCAUUAAGAGGGUUGGAAUAG